ACUUCUACUAGACAUGACCUAUAUAUUUGAAUGGUUCUUAAAGUAUUAUAUCGGAAAAUCAAUGUCAAAUUCAACCCUCACUGAAAACCAAACAAAAUUUUGAAAAUUGUUUGAACAUAGUAAAUUUUAAUAUAUUCUGUUAAAUAUAUAUAUAUAUAUAUAUGUAAAUGGGUUAAUAGGAUUUUUACUAUCUUUAAAUAAAAUCACAUUUAAUAUAUAUUUUUAAAUCGAAUAACCUAUAUAAAACCUAACUAAAUGAACUUAUAUGAAUAUUUAUUUCUAUUAAAAAUCCACAUAACAAGAUUUUACCAUUGUUUUAGUUUGUUCUUUUAAGGUUUAAAAAAAUAUUCAUUCGCAUAUUCCGAUAGAAGGAAAUAUAUAUAAAUAAAAAUUCAAAAGUAAAAUCGUUUUAGUAGUUUCUAAGUGUUGUUUGAAAAUUAAAAUUUAGUUUAUUAUAAGCAAUAUAUAUAUAUAUCAAAUAUAUUAUAUUUAAAUAUUUAUUAAGAUUUAUAUAUUAUUUAUUUAAGGGAAACGAUAGAUACAUGUAUAUAUAUUAAAAAGAUAUUUUCCAUAAAAUUUUAAAAUCAUUUCUAUUUUGUUAUAGAAAUUUAAACUUCGAUCACAAAUUUUUCAAUGGGAUUUAAAAAUAUUCAAAUACAAUGACAUGUACAAAAUUUAACUAAUAUGUAUAUUCUUAAAUGAUAAAAAAUUAUAUUAAACAUUUACUCUAAUCGUUAAAAUUAUUUUAAAAUUUACAUCCCGUCCGUAGGGCGGGCCGGCCCUAGUUAUUUAUAAACGUGUCUUCUUAAUAGUUGAAAGUUUAAACCCACACCUGACACACCAGUAAUGCUCCGUCUUGUUCACUAACCAAAGACGGUCUCUUUCCCCCAAGAGCGGAUUUCACCAUCUCGAUCCGCACCUACUCUUCCGUGAAGACUCUUCGCAGAUGAGCAAUUUCCCUUGUAUAGUGAUCUCUCUCUAUUGGCCUAAGCGUUGAUCUUUGUGUUCUAAGAAGACUCGAGACUUUCAAGGCUGUUGUCUUCUAGUGGAAUUUUCAAACAAUGGUGCAAGAAAACGCUGUCUCUCGUCCUUUCACUCGUGCCUUUGCCUCUUCCUUGCGCGCUUCUACUACACAUAAUCAACAGAGAGCAAACAGAAAAAGACCAGCCUCGGAGGAGGAUAAGAAGAACAUCACUGCACCCACACCCAAUAAGAAGAAGAAGCGAGUGGUAUUAGGAGAUAUCUCAAACGUUGGCUUCAAUGCAGCUAAACUCGAGGCGAAAAACAUCAUCAAGCAGGUCAAGAAAGAAUCGGUUGAUACCUCAGAAGUCACAGAUCUUCAGUCCAAGACCCAUGCAAAAGCUGAAGGUGUAUCAAAUGACACAGCUGAUAACUGUAAAAGUGAUGUUAUUGGUACUUCAACUUCACUGGGUAUCCCAAAAGUCAUAAACAUUGAUUCUGAUGACAAGGAUCCUUUACUCUGCUGCCUCUACGCUCCUGAAAUCUACCACAAUUUGCGUGUAUCAGAGCUUAAACGCAGACCGGUUCCAGACUUUAUGGAGAAGACACAAAAGGAUGUCACUCACUCCAUGCGUGGAAUUCUCGUUGAUUGGCUUGUGGAGGUCUCUGAGGAAUACACGCUUGUACCCGACACUCUUUACCUCACGGUGUAUCUCAUAGACUGGUUCCUCCACGGAAACCACAUAGAAAGACAGAAUCUUCAACUCCUUGGCAUCACUUGCAUGCUAAUUGCCUCGAAGUAUGAGGAGAUAUGUGCGCCACGUGUCGAAGAGUUCUGCCUCAUGACAGAUAACACCUACACAAGAGAACAGGUCCUGGAGAUGGAGAACCAAGUGCUUGCGCAUUUCAGCUUUCAAAUAUACACUCCCACUCCGAAAACUUUCUUGAGGAGGUUUCUCAGAGCAGCAGCGCAAGCCUCAUCUUACCUGAGCCAGCGCCGCCGUGAACUGGAGUUUCUUGCCAGCUACUUAACGGAGCUGACGUUACUAGACUAUCGUUUCUUGAAGUUUCUUCCUUCUGUCAUAGCUGCUUCAGCGGUUUUUCUUGCCAAAUGGACAUUGGACCAAUCAAACCACCCAUGGAAUCUAACACUUGAGCACUACACAACGUACAAAGCGUCUGACCUGAAAGCAUCCGUUCAUGCCUUGCAAGAUCUCCAGCUUAACACCAGAGGUUGCCCUUUGAGUGCUAUUCGUAUGAAGUAUAGGCAAGAGAAAUUCAAAUCUGUGGCGGUUCUCAUAUCUCCAAAACUACUUGACACACUAUUCUGAAGGAGUAAACCGAACGGUUUAACUCCUAACCGAUGAGAAAUCUGUAACGUUGAUGAUCCGGUUCGUCUUCAUUCAUCUGUUGCUCUUUUUGUUUAUAAAACAGUUCCCACUUCCCACUCAUCUAAUACCUGAUUAGAAUUCGGUUUAGCUUUGGUUUAGUUUGAUCUGUUGUUUGGUUCUUCCAAACCCGGUUUCAUAUUAUUGGUAACAAUAGGUUAUUUAAUUGUAACGAGAAUGUACAUGUUCCCCCAUUUUGAGGCGAUGUUGACAGUUUCGGAAGUUAUUUUAUUUUUCGAUAUAAAGUCCU